UGGCGCAGUCGGGCGGGUGGGGCGGCCGCCGCCAUCAUGUCGCGGGAGUUCGAGCUGUGCCCCGGGCGCCGCAUCGGCGGCGAGCAGCCGUGUUUCAUCAUCGCCGAGAUCGGGCAGAACCACCAGGGCGACCUGGCCAUCGCCAAGCGCAUGAUCCGUAUGGCCAAGGACUGUGGAGCAGACUGUGCUAAGUUCCAGAAGAGUGAGCUGGAGUACAAAUUCAACAAGAAAGCACUGGAAAGACCCUAUACCUCUAAACAUUCCUGGGGAAAGACCUAUGGGGAGCACAAGCGCCACCUGGAGUUUAGUCAUGACCAAUAUAGAGAGCUCAAGAAAUAUGCAGAAGAGAUUGGCAUUUUUUUCACAGCUUCUGGCAUGGAUGAGAUGGCUGUGGAAUUUCUACAUGAACUGGAUGUUCCAUUUUUCAAAGUAGGAUCAGGAGAUACAAACAAUUUUCCAUAUUUAGAAAAGACUGCAAAGAAAGGUCGCCCGAUGGUGAUUUCCAGUGGGAUGCAGUCAAUGAACACAAUGCAUCAGGUUUAUCAGAUCGUGAAGCCCAUCAAUCCAAACUUCUGCUUCCUGCAGUGCACAAGUGCAUACCCACUUCAGCCAGAGGAUGUCAAUCUCCGUGUUAUAUCGGCAUACCAGACAGCUUUUCCUGAUAUCCCCAUUGGCUAUUCGGGGCAUGAAACUGGCAUAGCCAUUUCAGUGGCAGCUGUUGCUAUGGGUGCUAAGGUAGUGGAACGCCAUGUGACUCUCGACAAAACAUGGAAAGGAAGUGACCACCAAGCAUCCCUGGAGCCAAAUGAACUGGCAGAGUUAGUGAAAGCCAUCCGUACAGUGGAAAAAGCAAUGGGUUCUCCAGUGAAACAACUCUUGCCCUGUGAAAUGGCUUGCAAUGAAAAGCUGGGAAAGUCUGUUGUGGCAAAAGUGACGAUUCCUGAGGGUGCAGUACUGACACUUGACAUGCUGACAGUAAAAGUGGGAGAGCCUAAGGGAUUUCCCCCAGAAGCCAUCUUCGAUCUGGUGGGCCAGAAAGUUAAAAAAAAAAUCGAAGAAGACGAAACCAUCACUGAGCAAGCAGUGGAAAAUCAUGUUAAAAAAGUCAAGUGCUAAACCAAAGUGCUCCAGUCCCUCUUUCAUGAGGUAUUACUACACAAUGUUUAAGUAUAGCAGCAUGGUAGAUUAGAAGAAGUGGUGUAAUUAAGAGUAUACAAGCAGGUUAGAAUUUUCAGGUUCUUAUUAGCAGGAAGUUUCUGCAGCAAAUGGGUAUAUGUUACAACGAGUAGUUUUAUUAGAAACCCUAAAGCAUUGUGUCUAGAAGAUACCAUGCUCCUCCUUUUUCCAUUCCACUUAAGAUAUAUUAAUUUGGCUUUUUGCCAAAUCUGAGACCAUGGUCUGCUGUUUUCCAGCUUCCAUUUUCUUCACAGAUUCACAGAAUGUUAGGAACUGGAAGCAGCCUCUGCAGAUCAUCUAGUCCAAUGCCCCUGCCAGGGGAAGGUCACCUAGAGGAGAUGGGACAGGAUGCUGUUCAGCUGGGUUUAGGAUGUCUCCAGAGACAGAGACUGCACCACUUCUCUGGGCAGCCUGUUCCAGUGCUCUGCUACCCUCAAAGUAAAGAAGAUCCUCAUGUUUAGAUGGAACUUUCUGUGUUAAAAUUUGUGCCAAUUAUCCCUUGUCCUGACACUGGGCACCACUGAAGAAAACCUGUCCCCAUACUCCUGAUACCCACCCUUGAAGUAUUUGUAAGUGUUGAUAAGAUCCCCCCCUCAGUCUUCUCCAGACAAAAAAGAUCCAAGUCCCUCAGCCUUUCAUCCAUAAGAGAGAUGUCAUAGUCCUCUUAUCACCUUUGCCCAGGAUGCUAAUUGGAGUUCAAUAUAUGUAAGCUUACAUACACUGAACAGAAAGCCACACGUGCAACCUGGUGGAUUUUACUCGAGAUGAAAGCCUUAAGAUAAAAACAAAAAAGUCUUAAGAUAAAGCAGUGAGCUGCAAGAAUCUGCACACUGGGGAAAAUAAGCUCUUUGAGAUAGCUAGUUGCUCAAGAAAAGAAGCCAACAGGGUAUGCAGAAAGGGUCAAGAAAAAUUUUAUGUCCAGGAAGGCAAGAGGGCAAGCCAGACGGAUUAAUAGGGGGAAGUAAAAAUGAGAGGGACUGUGGAAGUAACCUAUCCAUUAAAAAAAACACAACCAAACGAACAAACAAAAAACCAAACAACAAACAAAAAAACCUCUGUUGUGAGUUGACUGGAGCCUGGAAUCUUAAAUCAGUUCUGUAGUGCAUUUGGAUUCCUCUAUUGGUAGCUGGGGGCAACUUCUAAGGUAGGAAGCAAGAUGGUGGUGAAGAUUCAGCAGCCUCCUUCCUGUACUAGCAUGCAAAUACACUGGGUUGGCUUUUCCCUCUGACACUGGUGUCUGAGACAGCUGAAGCUGCUAAUCUAGCAGCUCUGACUAGAUCACAUCACUAUCAGUGCUCCUCUGGUGUUCUCUGCUCUAGCAUCACAGCUGCUCGCUUUUCAAGAAAUGCAGUCCCACUCCUGUCAGCCUUCUCCCUUUGCCCAGGGGGAAGCUGUAUGGCAGCACCCACGUGCCAGGCAUCCCUCGGUUAGUUUGGGUAGCACAGACCUGCUUUGGUACAAUUCAUCUGCAUUUUUCUGUGGUGGAAUUAAUUUCUAGUGAUGGUUAUUUGGAACCCUCUACCUCUUGGACAUGAGUUGAUGAAGUAUCUUGAAUCUGGUGAUGGUGUUUCUGUACCUAUGAUUUGUUUACUUUAAAAACGUUUACCCUUCUGCAAUUCUGAGGAAACUGUAUUUGUAUCUUUAAACUGGGAAGGAGAGAUUCUUUGAAUUGUGCUUGACCAUAUGUGAGCUCUGACUGAUGCAAUAUGCUUGCCUUACAUUGUUAAUUUUUUUAAUUAUUAUUUCAGAUUUGAAAAAUAAAUUUAGCUUAUAAAACAAA